AUGGUACAUCUUAGUGAGCGAGAACGAAUAAGUAUUCUCAUGAUGAGAGGUUGGGGUGAUAAUCAAAGAUCGUUGGAGACUGUACGGGUUUUAUUUAAUGAGACAUUUGUAGAUAGAGGUGAACCGAUUUCAAAGAGUACUGUAAAGAGAACAAUUGAUCGUUUUAAUGAAACAGGUAGUAUUAAAAAUCUUCCAAGAUCGGGUCGUCCUGCAACAGCCACCAAUGAGGAGAAACAAUUGAAUGUUGCACUAUCAGUAAUUGAAGAUUGUCAUAGUACAGUCAGAAAAUUACAUCAGCAACAUAAUGUCAGCGUUGGUUCGAUUCACAAUAUUUUAACAAAAAAACUCAAGUUCCAUCCAUACAAAGUGACAUUAAUACAUGAACUUAAUGAAGAUGAUCCGGAUAGGCGCAUCGACUUCUGCGAGACUUUGAUGAAUCGAAUAAAUGCUGAUAAUAAUUUUUCAAGACGUAUUGUCUUUUCUGAUGAAGCUACGUUUGAAUUAAAUGGUAAUGUCAAUAGACAUAAUAUGAGAUACUGGAGUAGUGAAAAUCCCAACUGGGCGAUCGAUAGCAGAUCUACUCAACACCCUCAAAAAGUCAAUGUUUGGGCAGGUAUCAUUAAUAACAGAAUUGUUGGACCAUUCUUUAUUGACGGCAAUCUAACUGCUGAAAAGUAUGAGAGAAUGUUAAGAGAGGAUAUCAUUCCUGCUAUUCAGGCAAUCGUAGGUGAUGACUUCGAACGUACCUGGUUUCAACACGAUGGAGCUGCUCCUCAUUAUGGACACGAUGUUCGAGCACACUUAAAUAACGUAUUCCGUACGAGAUGGAUUGGAAGAAGAGGAUCGAUAGAAUGGCCAGCAAGAUCACCCGAUCUCACUCCGCUUGAUUACUUUUUAUGGGAAUAUUUGAAGAACAGAGUAUAUCAAAACAAACCUACAAGUGUCGAAGAACUGCAACAACGUAUCAGGCAAGAGAUAGAAAAUAUUGAUCCACAACUGAUUCAAAGUGCAAUAAAUACUUUUUAUCACCGCUUAACACAUUGUCAAAACGUUAAUGGUGAACAGUUAGAACACUUGCUUUAA